UCCUGUCGGUGCGAGAAUGCCCUUGGAUUCCGACGGUGCUACACAGCUACACUGUAACUGUGAAUUUAACAACGAUAUAUUUAUACACGAAAAUAGCUUAAAUUGACGUACGCCUAUGUAUCUUGUUCAAAUAUUCUCGUGUGAGCGCAUAGCAGUAUGCACUAUGCCCUGUUUGAUCGAUUAGCUGGGUCUGGCUCGAUUGUUCACGCCUAGCCCGGCGUUUCAUGUGUAUGGGGCAAAAUGGCUGCUUCCACCUCCCCGCAGUCACAAACAAUAGCGGAAAAACCGUCCGGGUGUAGCGGUCGGGUUUCUGAUACGCUGCAGCUUUUCAACGGUGAGGAGGAAGACUGGAUGCCAGUUUUGGGAAACAUGUCCACAAGUCCGGAGUGCAAGAGUGAUUUUCCAUUAGCGCAAGAGAUCAAACGCGUGGAGUCCCCUGCACAUAGAGACAAAGUGGAUACUAAGGCCAAUGGCUUCUUGCGAUGCGAGGUGUGCGACGCCCUCUUUGAGACGAGGCGGGGCCUCUCUAGCCACGCCCGCCUGCAUCUUCGACAGCUGGGGGUGGAGGUUUCGGAGAGCAGCGGGGCGCCCAUCGACUUACUCUACCGACUCGUGCGGGAGAAAGCUUUGGACGGCCACGUGCCUCUGUCCGUAGCGGCGCACCUUCCCGCCAAGAAGCACCGGAACCGGGCACCUGCUGCCAGGAAGCGCUCGAGCCCUGGACUGCAGUGCGACGUGGUGAAUCCUGUUGAAAAAGUUGCCCCAUCCCCUCGCUUGCCCUCCACCAAAUCUGCUUCCUCGGGCUCCUCCUCUUCACUCAAUGCCCCAGCCCGAUCCCGCUCCGUUUCCCCUCUGCUGAACAGGGCUCCAGGCUCACCGCUGCUCCGAUCCCCAGAGCGCAAGCCCAGUUCGGGGAGCCCCUCGAGCCCGGUCUCUCAUGGCUCGCCUAAACCCCUCUGGGCUCCACAGGAAACGGACGCCCCGCUGAACUUAGCCUUGGAAGUGGAUCCCAGCAAGGACAUCGUGUGUGAGUUGUGUGGGGCCUGGUUCGAAACACGCAAGGGCCUGUCUAGCCAUGCACGAGCUCACCUGCGGCACCUGGGCGUGGGGGACGCAGAUGCCCGUGGGCCGCCCAUCAACGCACUCAGCCGCAUUAUUCAUAGCGAGGACUUCCAGCGCCGACUGGCAGCUCUGGACCCAGAGGAAGCCGCAGAGCUGUGCCUGGCCCCUCCCUCGGUAUCUUCCCCUGCUGCCAAGCGGACCAUGGGCAGUUGCUCUGCACCAGGGGGGCAGGACUCUCCCACGUCUCCAGUGCGGCCCCCAGCCAGCAAGCGGCCAAAGUCCUCCCUGGGGUCGCAGGGCUUCCGGCCGGGCAGCAGAGAACAGGCGGCAUCUCCCCACUGUGAGUCUUCGAAGGUGGUCAGCUGCGAGUUCUGCGGCGAGUACUUCGAGAACCGCAAGGGGCUGUCCAGCCACGCCCGUUCGCACCUGCGGCAGAUGGGCAUAACCGAGUGGUCGGUCAAUGGCUCGCCCAUCGACACCCUGAUGGAGGAGGUGGCCCGGCGUGGGCUCCGCUGCGCCCUGCAGUCUCCCCGCACCCUCAAGUCCCCACCCGCUUCCCCUGCUCCACCAUCGCUGUCCCCCUUGGCCUCCCCCGCCUCCCCUGGGCCCCCCAAGUGCUCGCCCUUAGUUUCCACCAGCUCCCACGGCCGCCUGCCCACCGCACGCAAGGCCUGCCGGCCCAAGCCGGAGCCCGUCGAGGUGCCCGUCAGUGAGGCCCCUGGUACGGCAGAGGGUCACAAGCCUCAGCCCAAAGCACACAGUUCUGCCCGCUGCUGGCCGGCUACAGAGGCUGCACAGUCCCCCCGCAUGGUGAGAUCCCCGGAGCUAGAGCCGGCCCGGGACGUCUGCUGCGAGUUCUGCGGCGAGGUCUUCGAGAAUCGCAAGGGGCUGUCCAGCCACGCCCGCUCACACCUACGCCAGAUGGGCAUCACAGAGUGGUCGGUCAACGGCUCGCCCAUCGACACCCUGAUGGAGGAGAUCAAGAGGCGGGGCCUUCCCUGUCGGCAGCGGGUGAAGGAGGAGCCUCCCUCAAACUGGGAGGAGUCUGGCUGUCAGUCGCCACAGCGACACCAACAGAAGCCCGUGAUUGGUCUCCCCAAGCUGAGCCUCGGUGGGAAGGGUGGGGGCACCCCAGGCAAGAGGCCGUUCCCUGGUGGAGCACAUGCAGAGGACAGGUUAACGCCCCACUCAAAAACCUUCUUGCCCGUACCUCAAGACUCUGUGUUCAAGGACAAGUCUUCCAUGGACAAGCAGGCAUCAGGUCACGUGGGCAUGGACGCCAGCUGUGAGCUGUGUGGCUUCUGCUUCGAGAACCGCAAGGCGCUGGCCAGCCACGCGAGGGCGCACCUGCGCCAGUUCGGUGUGACCAAGUGGACGAUCAAUGGCUCCCCCAUCGAGACGCUGCGGGCCUGGAUGCACAGUGAACCGCGCCGCGUGGUCGAGAUGCAGCGCCGCUGCAGCUCCCUAGGGGGCUGGCCCCAGCCCAGGAAGAAAUCGGGCUCCUUCCAUUUACUGACUGGGCCGGACCGCUCACCUGGCCGGGUCCAGAAGUUCGUGUCCCCUGGCGCUUCAUCGGGCAAGCGUGCGGGUCGGGAGGUCAUCAAGGGCCUGGCAGGCUCCUCACGGCCGGUGGAGGGCAAGUGCCUCAGUCCCGGCAGCAAGAUCCCUGUCCGGCGGGCCGACUCCCUGCCGCACUCCCAAGGGGCCCACAGUGAAGUCAACGUGCGCUCCCCCCGAGGUUUUGAGCGCCGGCCCCCAAAGCACCUACCCACUUCAGAAGCCCGGGCACGAGAGAAGGGCCCCUCUCAGGGCGCCAGGUCCAACCCGGUCCCCUCCCUGGUGCCGAAGCCGCCCUCCUCGCCUCUUGUCAAGGUGGUGGGCGACGUCUACUCGCUCAAGUGCCGGUUCUGCGAACUGGAGUUCCGUGGGCCUCUGUCUGUCCAGGAGGACUGGGUGAGACACCUGCAGCGUCACAUCCUGGGCCUCGGCCUGAACAAACCAAGCCUCCCCGCUCCACCUCCACCGCCGCCGGCUGAGCCCCCCCGGCCCCCGAGCACGGCACCCGCAGUGGAUGCGUCAGUGCCAGCCCCGCCGUUCACGCCCGCCGCUUGCGCCGCUGUCCCCAUCUCUGCACAAGCCGUAUAAACCACCCCCAUCUACCCACUCUUCCAGUUCCAUCCCACUUUUCCCAUCAUCCUAUAGUUCUGAUUCGUUUCGUUGGUUUUAAAAUGUCUUAAGCCCAGCCGGAGCCUGAGGAUGUGCCUCUACCCAGCUGGCCGACUGGGUUUCCUGUGCCUCUCCGGCGAUGUUGCUCCCCACCCCCCAGGGGGUGCCAAACAGUGACCUCAUCUUUAACCGGCCUGACCGAGCGCACGUGCGUGGCCGCACUGAAGGAAAGCCAACGGCAAGACCACAGGCGUCUGGUGUGCCUUUUGGGAAGGGGGCGGGGCACUGGGGGGGCGUGUCCGUCCAUGUCAAAGGCAGAAAUCCAGACGUCAAGCUGACACGGGUGGAAUGGCGCCGAAUUGGGUCACGCCUGGUUUUACACUGUUACAAGCACGACCGCUUCGAUCUGAUGUCUGUUUUACGCCCUGAUUCGUUUUUAAAACUUGCUGUUACUGCAAGUCAGCGCGAAACGACACAAUGGGCCUUAUAGCACACUGUGUUCAGCUCUUCGUGAAAUGAGUUUUGUUAAUAAAUAGGGAACCAUUUUUGGAUUAGAUGCAUUUUAAUGUUGGACCAACUGUUUUGGGAACUAGUCUUUUUUUUUUUUUUGAUAAAUGUUUAAGAACUGGAAAUUGGUCUUUAACCUCCUCCGCCACCCCCCACCCCCCACCCUAACGCACAUAAAGCCUUGAGCAUUUAGUCCCUGUGCUGACAUUCCUGGCCUUGGGCACAGCCUUCAAUAACAAGUGCUGGGAUUGGGCACAGCCUUCAAUAACAAGCGCUGGGAUUGGGCACAGCCUUCAAUAACAAGUGCUGGGAUUAGGCACAGCCUUCGAUAACAAGCACUGGGAUUUGUCCUUCUGUGCCCAGCGUGUGCCAAAGAGUCUCCUUACUUGCCACUUUGUGUCUCCAGUGCAAGUGCAGGUGCAUGGGCCAGACUGCACUGCUGCCCAGACUCAUGACGUGCCGGCGGGCAGACAGCCACGCUCAGCUACUUCGGACCCAGCUGACUCUAUACUCCAGGGCUGCCGGGGUUAAUGUGCGUAGUUCUUUUUAUACAGCAUGGAGGCCAGGUUUACUGCAUGAAUAACUACAUUUCCUGAGAAAGAGAAACUUGUCUUGUGAAGCAAUAACGCAAAGCCCCGUGAAACGUGCCGUUUCCGCCAGAAUGACAAGAACAUUCCAGUGACUGCUUGACCCUUUUAUUUUUUUCCUCUUAAUUGGUUAUAAACAUACAUGUUUUUAUGCAGCUGUUAGCACUGUUGUUCAUUAAUGCGUAUGUAUCGAAGUGUGGUCUGAAUCCUGUUGGUGUCGUUUGAUGUUGACCUUUUUACUAAACUUUUUUUUUUAAUUGAAAGUCACAACUUUUUCCAGUAAAAGGAGACAAAAUGGGGGUUUUUGGUUUACUUUAACUAUUUGUGGCUUGUAAUGAAGUCACAAAGUUCUUCAACAGGAAUCCAAGAGUUUCCAGAAAUGUGUUUGAUAUCUGUGGUGAAUGAGCCUUAAACUGCUGUUAUUGAUGGCCUGUGUGUGUGUGUGUGUGUGUGUGUGUCUGUGUGUGUGUGUGUCUGUGUGUGUGUGUGUGUGAGAGAGAGAGAGAAAGAGAGGGGGACAGCAUUGGUUUUGGGUACAUUCCAGGAAGGUGUGAUAUUAUACACAAAUGUUCAAAGUCUCUGUGAUCAAUAAAUGUGAAAGAUCUUUUUUGA